UCCUGUAACUUCCUGGGGUCCUGCUGCCGCCAUAAACAAACCACCAUAGCCAGAAAUGAUGGUGUCCGAGAAGGAGAGAACAGGUAUCAGCGAGUUUGUUUGCAGUCAACUCCGUGAUGAGCCGGACCUCAGCACACUGACCUUAGGAAUUUUAAAAAGGCGAUAUCUGGCACAUGUGGGAUGUAAAUCUAUAAGUCAAGAGGCCAAGAAUGUCAUGAAACAGGUGGUUCAAGAGGAACUCAUGAACAUGCAGGAAAAGGAUGAAAGUGGAAGUGAGUUGGAGACCGCAAAGCCCCGAAACAAAAGGAAGAGGGACAAGGAAAAGGACGAGGUCAUAAGUGGGAAAGAAAAUGGUGAUGAUGAAUCAAGGGCAAAGAAAUCUCGUUGUCAGUCAAGCUCAUCAUCAGAAUCGGAAGACAAAGAUGGAUCUGAAACUGGAAGUGAGGAGGAAGCGCAAAUUAAAUCUGAAUCUGAGGAUGCAGAGCAAGAGGUGAAAAACUCCAAGUCAGUAAAGAAUGGAAACAGUAAACAGCAAAUAAACAGUGAAGACUCGUCUGAUGAGGAAAUGAAUAAGUCCGACAAAAAAGGGAAUCAAAGUGAGUGUGAUGACAGUCCAAAAGAAAUGGUGAUAAAAAGGGAAAAUGCUACUAAGACCAAAGGAACCAAAAGCAGCAAUACAAGUCAAGGAAAGACACCGCAGAGCGAUGAAGAGAAUGAAACCGACACGGAUAGCAAGUCACAAAAGAGUGAAAAAAACAACAGCAAUGACUCCUCAGGUGACAGUGAAAAAGAAGAAAAGGUCUCUGUGGAAAAGAAAGAUGAUGACCUAGAAUCUGAUUCAUCGUCACUCCCCUCAAUUGAGGAUGAAAAGAAUAGUGGAAAAAGUUCACAGGAUGAUAAAAAGAAGAAAACCAUGAAAAAAGAGCAGAAAAAAGAAAAAAGCGACACAGGUCAAAAGCAGGGUGACAAAGCUGUUGUGAGGCUCAAGCGCUACAUUUCUCUCUGUGGUCUGAGGCCCAAUUACAAGAAGCUCCUCGAUGGCUGUCGCUCUGUUCGCUCCCAAGUGGCCGUUCUGAAGAAGGAGCUUGAAGAACUUGGUGUCCAUGGUCAGCCAUCUGUUAAGAAAUGCAAAGUAGUCCGAAUGAAAAGAGAGGAAACUCAGGAACUAGCAGAGCUUGAUGUCAGCAACAUCAUUGCCACAAAAGGUCGACCUAAACGCAGAGCAGCCUCCGCCUGGCAGGAAAAGUGCGAGCCUCCGUCCUCGACAUAUGUGCACACUCUGAACUCCGGCUCUGACAGUAAUGAGGAAACCAGUUCACACAGAGGGCGCAGGAGAACAACAGACUGGGCCAACCUGCAGGGGAUCAUCAGUGACGAUGCAGACAGCAACUGACAUGGAUAAGUCCUCUUGCAAGUGUUUGCAUCUUUUCAGAGGGCACUUUGGAUGUGGACAUUCCUUUUUCUGUUCAAGUUGAGUUUUGGUCUUUACAAAUCGUUUUGAUACUGAAUAUGAUAAAUAUUGUUUUUAAACUUUGAUAAAUUGAUACAUGAGGUGACAUGUAUUGUAAUGUCAAAUGUACGUUAUAUAUUUCAAAUAAAAGUAUUCUUCUCUAA